GGAGGAGGAGGAGGAGGAGGAGGAAGAGGAAGAGGAAGAGGAGGAGAUAAGUGUUAAAGUAACUGAAGAGCCUUCUGUUGUAGAUAGGGUGAAGGAGGAAGAGGAGGAGGAGGAAGAUGAGGAAGAUGAAGAGGAGGAAGGUGAGAUUGAGGAGACUAGAGAGGCUGUGACACAGAGAACCUUUGACCACCCAUACUUCACUGGAGACAUCCACCAGCAGCAGGACAAGGCUGAGGAAGAUGAGGAGGAGGAAGAGUAUGAAGAGGAGAAAAGAGAAGCAGAGCAUCAGCCACAGGAGAUCCUGGAGGAAGAGGAGGAGGAGGAGGAGGAGGAGGAUGAAGAUGACAUUGAGGAGGUGGACGUGAGAGUGCACCCUGUCUUCCUGCCCACAACCAUCACCAUCACUGCAGCAGCUCAGGGACCAGCCACACGGAGGGAGAGAGAGGACAACAGGGCCAGGACUACAGAGGACUACAUCCCCCACAGGACCAGCCACCUGGAGAACUACAACCCCCAAAGGACCAGCCCACUGGAGAACUACAACCCCCACAGAGUCAGCCCCUUACAGCACUACACCUCCCAUAAGGCCUCAGCAGCCUCUGACAUCAUCGAGGUGCGCUCAGAGGAUUCGGGGAAGGACUACGAUGAAGAAGAUGGUGAUGAGGAGGAAGAAGAUGAGAGUUUGUCUCAGAGGUGGACGGAUGAGUCAGAGAUGUAUGAUAUGACCCGGGGUAACCUGGGGCUUCUGGAGCAGGCCAUCGCCCUGAAGGCAGAACAGGUGAAGGGGCCUCGCGACCUCCUCUUCCGUCACCCCGUCGUCACCCCGGAGCUCCACCACCGCUACUUCACCAUGGACGACCGGCCCAAACACCUGGACACCAUGCGCAAGAGCUACUUCAGCAGCAAAGGCAAGGCUGCCUCUACAGAGGGCAGCAGGUCAGAGAAGAGGGAGAUCAAAUGCCCCACCCCUGGCUGUGACGGGACUGGUCAUGUUACUGGACUCUACCCCCACCACCGCAGCCUGUCUGGCUGUCCACACAAGGACAGGAUCCCCCCUGAGAUCCUGGCCAUGCAUGAGAACGUCCUGAAGUGUCCGACUCCAGGCUGCACUGGACAGGGCCAUGUUAACAGCAACCGCAACACCCACCGCAGUUUGUCAGGAUGCCCCAUCGCAGCCACAGAGAAGCUGUCCAAGAGUCACAACCUUGACAAGCAGCAUCUCUCCCAGCCAAUCAGAGAGCACCUCAAAGAAAGUCCCAACAACAAUGACAGAGUCCUGAGGCCCAUGUGUUUUGUGAAGCAGCUGGAAGUGCCUCACUAUGGGCAGUACAGGCCCAAUAUGGUGCCUGCCACACCUCGUGCCAACCUGACCAAGGAGCUGGAGAAGUACUCCAAGGUCUCCUUUGAUUAUGCAAGCUUCGACUGUCAGGUGUUUGGGAAGCGCAUGCUUGCUCCAAAGAUACCGAUCGGUGAAGAAGACUCAACCAAAGCCUUCAAAUCUAAACUCUCGUCCCCCAAGUCUUCUUCUCCCAGCCUCAGCCUGCAUGGAGGCAGUGGAAAGACUGCCUCUUCUUCUGCCUACGACUACUCCCAUGAAGCCCAGGCCGCCCACAUGGCUGCCACCGCCAUCCUAAACCUGUCCACACGCUGCUGGGAGAGGCCUGAGAACCUGAGCACCAAGCACCAGGACCUGGCCAGCAAGAGCAUGGACAUCGAGGUGGACGAGAAUGGGACUCUUGACCUGAGCAUGAAGAAGCCCGUCAAAAGAGAGGGCACCAGCCCUGGGGUGCGUUCCCCGGACCCCUCCUGCUCCUCCUCUUCCUCCCUGCACCACGGAGGCAGCAGUGGCAUGACCUCGCCCCACACGGGCCACGCCUACAAACAGGAACACUGGGAGGAGCCUCUGGACUACACCAAACCCAACCGCCAGCGAGAAGAGGAUACAGAGGAGAUGGAGCACCACACAGCGCGGUCAUUUGCCUCAUCCGACCAUGAGGACAUGGACCUGAUGCAGGACUACCCCGAGGAGAGGAAUUACCCCGGAGAGGUCACCACCCCAAACUUCAAGGUCCAGUUCCAACAGCCCAAGGAUUGCAAGAAAGAUGUGCUCCUGUGCCCCACUCCUGGCUGUGACGGCAGUGGCCACAUCACUGGAAACUAUGCAUCCCAUCGCAGUCUGUCUGGGUGUCCUCUUGCUGAUAAGAGUCUUCGGUCCCUCAUGGCGACCCACUCUGCUGAACUCAAGUGCCCCACUCCAGGAUGUGAUGGUUCAGGACAUAACACUGGAAACUACGCCUCCCACAGAAGUUUGUCUGGGUGCCCCCGUGCCAAGAAAAGUGGAUUAAAAACAGCCCCCACCAAGGACGACAAGGAGGACUCCGAGCUCUUAAAAUGCCCCGUGCCAGGCUGUGACAGCCUGGGUCACAUCAGUGGGAAGUACGCCACGCAUCGCAGUGCCUAUGGGUGCCCGCUAGCUGCCCGCAGGCAGAAGGAGGGGAUGCUCAAUGGAAACCCUUUCUCCUGGAAGGCCUUUAAGACGGAGGCCCCCACCUGCCCCACCCCCGGCUGUGAUGGAUCAGGACACGCCAACGGCAGCUUCCUCACACACCGCAGUCUAUCUGGCUGUCCCAGAGCCUCCUUUGCCAAGAAGAAAGCCAAGUUCCCUGGAGAUGAGUACCUGAGCACCAAGUUCAGGGCCAGCGACGUUCUGGAUAAUGACGAGGACAUCAAGCAACUCAACAAGGAGAUCAAUGAGCUCAACGAAACCAACAACGAGAUGGAGACAGACAUGGUGAACCUGCAGACACAGAUCUCAUCCAUGGAGAAGAACCUGAAGAACAUUGAGGAGGAGAACAAGCUGAUAGAGGAGCAGAAUGAGGUUCUCUUCAUGGAGCUAUCUGGCCUCAGCCACGCCCUGAUCCGCAGCUUGGCCAACAUACGCCUCCCACACAUGCAGGAGCCAAUCACUGAGCAGAAUUUCGACAGCUACUUGAGCACCCUGACUGACAUGUACACCAACAAGGAGUGCUACCAGAACCCGGAGAACAAGGCUCUGCUGGAGAACAUCAACAAGGCCGUGAAGAGCAUCAAGGUGUGAAAACCUCCACGGGGAAAAAAUUGUGAAAACAUGUCAAAUGGAGGAGAGAGAUGGCGUCAAGAGACCACAGUAUAUUUACAGAGAAUACAAAUACAAAAAAGGGCAUUCAGGUUUUAUAAACGACAACUUAAAUUAAACCCAGGGAGCAUUCUGUAAAGAAGAAAAAACGUAACUAGGACCAAAAUCCAAACAUGCUGCUGUUGGGAUCGGUAGGAGGAUGUGGAACGGAACCAAAUCCUUUAGUUUGAAUUGAUGAAAAAAUAUAUAUCUGGGCUUUUGAUUGUUUGUUUUAUGUUAUCUUUGUCGUUUUCAUGUCUGUCCUGUUUUUGAGGUAUCUCUGUUUUGGAGGUAUCUCUGUUUUGGAGGUAUCUCUGUUUUGGAGGUAUCUCUGUUUUGGAGGUAUCUCUGUUUUGGAGAUAUCUUUGUUUUGAAGGUGUCUCUGUUUUGGAGGUAUCUCUGUUUUGGAGGUAUCUCUGUUUUGGAGAUAUCUUUGUUUUGGAGGUAUCUCUGUUUUGAAGGUAUCUCUGUUUUGGAGGUAUCUCUUUGACUGUCCCAAUGUAUUCUGUAAUUCAAGCUUUAGUUCAGCAACAAUUUGGAGAAGAAAGAAAGAAAGAUGGAAGUAGUGGGUAUGAUCUGCCUACAUGAGGUGAAGAAAACCGGCUAGAAAAUAACAAAAACAAAGCUGAAGAAACGUGAACAUUGUGUCCUAGAGAAGACACGAAGGCUUCAGAAAGGAUGCUCUGGGGCAGGAUAAGGAGAGUGUGCUUGUGAGCGCUGCAGUACUCCUAUUGAGGAGAAGCAAAUGGAGAAUCACUGAACUCUGAGGUCUUCUUGAGCAAUGGUUCAUGUGCUUAUUGUUGUUACUACUGCAGCAAAGAUGUCAACAUGGCUCCAUGUCUCAAUUCAGCGGAACAGCUCUUCAAAUGAAGAUUAAGUCACAAAUCACUGGGGGGGGGGGGGUUCUCUUCUGAAAUCAACAGUACAGCCUGUUAUAUAUUUUUUAUGGAACAACUGGUGUCUGAGAGCAGCAAAUGCAGCCUUUUUUCUUUGAACUGAAUUAUGAUAGUAAUGGUCAAUUCCAGUUAGUCAUAUCAAUAGUUUUUAUGAACAUAGAAAUUGCACUUCAUUUCAAUGAAUAGUUUGUGGUACAAUAAUUAUUGUUAUAUAAAUUAUUUAAAUUUGUGAAUGCUCAAAUUGUAAUUUAUUUCCAUUUUAUGUUAACCUACUAUUUAUUUAAUAUUAUCUAUUUAUUAACUUUUGUUUUAUUGUUUUGUAAAACAAAAAAAUGCAACCCUGCUGGUCUAUCAUGGCUAUAAAGAUUUUAAACAGGGAUUCUUCUACGUCAAUAUUUAAAAAUCUAUAUAGAGAACUGUUCACACUUUUGUUUUUAAUAAUUUUUUUUUUUAAACAUUUUUAAGUGCAGAUAUUUUAUAACUGACAAGGUUUUGAUAAUUUUAUAAAAGUGAUUUCAUUUCUGUUAUUUCUGUUAUUAUAAAGUAUCUUCAGAAAAUCCACGGUUUAAAAAGAAAUUAUGUAUUUAUUAUUUAUUUAACAUUGAAGAAAUUGACUGUCAUAUGGUUGUAUAUUUAUUUAGUCAUUUCUGUGUGUGCUGUGAUGGCUAAGUCUUAGUAGUCUUAAAAUCCAUUGCUAAUAUUUAAAUAAAGAAGAAAAAAAAUGGUCAGAAAGAAAAAAAUAGAAUAUUGUUUGAUUUACUUUCAUAGAUAUACCAGCAGUUCCUCCUAAGCAGAAUAACCAACAAAAGCAGUCACUGUUCUGUUGGUAUCAGAUUGUCUUUGUGUCAGCCAUGAUUUGUUUGCGUUUUGUCAGGAAAAAUAAGACCAAGAAAAUAGAUAUAAGGAUCAAAUGUUACCUCUCCUAGCGCUUUGUAGUGGCCAACACUGGCUAACCCAAAACAUCUUUAAUGUACGAUAGACGUUUUAAUGCCUUUUGAUAAAAUAUUUUUCUCUGUUCAUUAUUUUCUCUCAAUGUGUUGAGCAGAAGCUCCAUAGAGCUCUGUUCCAGUGUGUUCCAUCUAGACUGGAUGUCUGUGUCUAAAAAACUUAAAGGACAUCUCAAGGAAAAACUAAACCAUCAAGGAGGAUGACAACUAUUAUCAGAUCCACUUCUAUGCCCUUGUAGCCUUAUUCUAGAUUUCAUUUGUUGAUGCACAAAGUGCCACUAAACCCUCACUUUCUUUCCUGAUUCUUUGCAUUCUGCAAUGUACAAUGUCUGGUCACGUGACAUGACCAGGGCAUCAGACCGAGAGUUGGGAUUGUUUCAGAUGCCUUUAUUUCUUUGCCAAGAUGGCCAUAAGUACACUAUAUACACAUUCUGUAUAAAUAGAAUUUUAAAAGCUAUAUAUAUGAAUAUAAACAUACAUAUAUUUUUCCAGUGUAAUUGUUGACUCUUUUUCUCUUGUAUUAGCUUAUCAGAGGAACAAUACCUGCCUGAGAGUUGUGACGACUAGAGGCGAUUAUGACUGUGGCUUUUUAGGUUUCCUUUUCUAUGGAUUUCUCUAUCUUUGAUCCAGACAUGGUGAAGAUGCUAACGCAUGUUGUAGUGAAUCUGAAAUGCUAAUGUAUGUUGUAGUGAAUCUGAAAUGUCUGUAAUCUUAACUAAAUGGUUGGCUCUUCGUUCAAAUGUCCUGUGAGUGAGUUAAUGUAUAGAGAGGCCUCUUCAUAGUGGUCACAUUGGCGCUAUAUUGUGCAGUACUGUGUCGUUGUGAUAAGGUUAUGAUGAGGUCAGUUCACAAACACGGAUCACAACGUCAAAAAGCCAAUAGGAAAAGUGUAGUACUUGCUCUGAGUGAUCUGUUGCAGCUAGUGGUAGACCCUGUGAUAAUAUGAUGAGGUAGCAUAGUGGUAGACCCUGUGAUAAUAUGAUGAGGUAGCCUAGUGGGAGACCCUGUGAUAAUAUGAUGAGGUAGCAUAGUGGUAGACCCUGUGAUAAUAUGAUGAGGUAGCAUAGUGGUAGACCCUGUGAUAAUAUGAUGAGGUAGCCUAGUGGGAGACCCUGUGAUAAUAUGAUGAGGUAGCCUAGUGGGUGACCCUGUGAUAAUAUGAUGAGGUAGCCUAGUAGGAGACCCUGUGAUAAUAUGAUGAGGUAGCCUAGUGGGAGACCCUGUGAUAAUAUGAUGAGGUAGCCUAGUGGGAGACCCUGUGAUAAUAUGAUGAGGUAGCCUAGUAGGAGGCCCUGUGAUAAUAUGAUGAGGUAGCCUAGUAGGAGGCCCUGUGAUAAUAUGAUGAGGUAGCCUAGUGGUCGACCCUGUGAUAAUAUGAUGAGGUAGCCUAGUAGGAGACCCUGUGAUAAUAUGAUGAGGUAGCCUAGUAGGAGGCCCUGUGAUAAUAUGAUGAGGUAGCCUAGUGGGCGACCCUGUGAUAAUAUGAUGAGGUAGCCUAGUGGGAGACCCUGUAAUAAUAUGAUGAGGUAGCCUAGUGGGAGACCCUGUGAUAAUAUGACGAGGUAGCCUAGUGGGAGACCCUGUGAUAAUAUGAUGAGGUAGCCUAGUAGGAGACCCUGUGAUAAUAUGAUGAGGUAGCCUAGUGGGAGACCCUGUGAUAAUAUGAUGAGGUAGCCUAGUAGGAGAACCUGUGAUAAUAUGAUGAGGUAGCCUAGUGGGAGACCCUGUGAUAAUAUGAUGAGGUAGCCUAGUGGGUGACCCUGUGAUAAUAUGAUGAGGUAGCCUAGUGGGAGACCCUGUGAUAAUAUGAUGAGGUAGCCUAGUGGGAGACCCUGUGAUAAUAUGAUGAGGUAGCCUAGUAGGAGACCCUGUGAUAAUAUGAUGAGGUAGCCUAGUGGGAGACCCUGUGAUAAUAUGAUGAGGUAGCCUAGUGGGAGACCCUGUGAUAAUAUGAUGAGGUAGCCUAGUAGGAGGCCCUGUGAUAAUAUGAUGAGGUAGCGUAGUGGGCGACCCUGUAAUAAUAUGAUGAGGUAGCCUAGUGGGAGACCCUGUGAUAAUAUGAUGAGGUAGCCUAGUAGGAGACCCUGUGAUAAUAUGAUGAGGUAGCCUAGUGGGAGACCCUGUGAUAAUAUGAUGAGGUAGCCUAGUAGGAGACCCUGUGAUAAUAUGAUGAGGUAGCCUAGUGGGAGACCCUGUGAUAAUAUGAUGAGGUAGCCUAGUAGGAGGCCCUGUGAUAAUAUGAUGAGGUAGCCUAGUGGGAGACCCUGUGAUAAUAUGAUGAGGUAGCCUAGUGGGAGACCCUGUGAUAAUAUGAUGAGGUAGCCUAGUGGGAGACCCUGUGAUAAUAUGAUUAGGUAGCCUAGUGGGCAUGGAUGGUAUAACUAGCUUUCAGCCAGUGUAAUGAAAUUCUCUUGUGUAUUAUUUUUUUUUAAACCAUUGAAAAUGCCAGUAUUUGAGCAUGGACUUCUAAGAGCACACUGGGUAAUGGCCGCUAACAAUGUACUGGUACUCACCGCAGCAGAGUGAGAAAGAGAAACAAAGAACUGUGUAUUUAACCUGUUUGUGUUUUAAUGUCAAUCUAAACAUUGUUUGAGAUGUAGAAUUCCCUUUGCAUCAGUGUCCGGGGGUUUGAUUCAAUUAAUGCUAUCGCGUUUUUGAUAUAUGGCAGUAAUACUUUUCAGACCAAACAUUUUGACCAACCCCUCUAUUCUUUUUAUAGAGGGGAUGCAGAGUUUGGCUCGCAGGUUACUGGGAAGAGCUGACUAUAGAGGGGAUGCAGAGUUUGGCUCGCAGGUUACUGGGAAGAACUGACUAUAGCAGCAUAAUAAUAUUAUGCUAGGACAUUAGCCAAAGCUUGCGGUGAUAGCAGGGAUUGGAUCAAGCCCUCCAAGUGAAAAGAGAGGAACAUGUGGGAGUAGAGAUUGAUUUGCAGGGCUAGAGGUCUCCCUCUUGGUUUGAGAGAGAGAGAGGCGUUUGUUGCAUAAAUAUGUGUCCAUCACUCAGAAUUUCAAAACCUUUAAUGGCUACUACCCUUUUGUCUUGUGUAACCUUUCCUCAGGAAGGAGUUCUUCAUACAUUUGAUUAAGAAAGUAGCUUAUUCUUCCUCCUCCCUUUAAUGCAGAAGUAUACUAGACUAGGAGAGAAUGAAGAUUAUGAUUGUUCUGGUAUCUUAUUUGAUAUGGCAUGACCCCUUUUAAACUGCUUGAACUGCACUGAGGUCUGAGAUAAAAUGGCUAAAUGAUAAAGAUAGUUACAGAACUUUAAUGUAAUCAAGUGUUAACAACAACAGCUUGUACAUUUGAUAAUGAUUGAUGAACAUAUUCUUCACAUAAGGAGUUUAUGUCUUCCAUAUUUGUAAUGUUUUAGUCUUUUUUCUAAAUGGCCGAUUGUGAUUGGAUAGAAGCACUGAAAAUGUGGACUGUGUCAAAUUGGCACAGAGUAGGUAGGGUGUGUGACUGGUCGGUUAAAUAGAUGGUCAUGUUACGCCAACCAAUGCAAUGCUGUGUUGACAGUUUUUAUUUAUAAACACUACAUUUGACUACAUGGAUGAUAAUGUUAAUGUCUGCGGAUGAGACAUGAUGGUGCAGCAUGGUGACAUAUUGUGCCAUGUCAUGUGAUUGUGACAUGGCAUGUAAAACUAUCAAUUUCAGUUUGAUAGUUGUAAAUGAUGUGGUCUCAUGGAGUGGUUGUAGAAGUACAGUGUUGCAUGUAAAAAGCAAAGUCUCUGUUUGCUCUGAUCAAAAGUGAUCACACACCUGUGAAUCCCCCUGAAUAAUGCAGAACAUAAAACCAAUGAUCUAAUAUUUCAGUCUACGAUAGGCCAGGGUAUACACAGAUCCCCAGUAGAGUACCCUGUAAACAUGAGAAAAGAUAGCCCAAAGCUCCCUAUUCUGAGAUUGGUACACAUCUGGAGGCCCCUGAGAAUGGUCCCCUGAUUCUGUUCUCUCCAGACAAGGGAGGGAGAGAGAGCCAAUCGUUAGGUGCCUAUACUUCAAACGUUCACAUCCAAUUUAAAAACACAAAAUGUAACAAAUCAAAGUAGAUCACAUGCGUACAUACAAACCACACUAACAUCCCCAGUAGAAAGGCAUGUCUCGUAGAAUGGUACAACAUGUCGUUGAGCUAAUCAAACCAAAACGAACCCCCUCUAUAGGUUCUGUAGCUUAAAGCUGUGUGAUUUUAUCAUGUGUGCCUUUCUCGCUCCACUCACUGCAAGCAAAGGUGUGUUUACAUUUGAAGAAGCUGGCUCAAAUCCUGCUCAGGAGGUUGGCAAGGGUGAAGAUGCCUUUUUCAGGGGGUCAGGGAGGGUUGGGGGGCUAUUAAAAUAAAAUAAAAGAUGAAAUAUGUCUUUGACAGGCAGGAGAAGAUACUAUUAGUGUUGCUGUGGUGACACAUUCAUUGUUGUUACAGAGACACAAAACAUCAAUAUGUUAUAAUGGUAAAGAAACUGUGAUCUAAUUACGAUGAUUCAGGUACCAAACUGCAUGGACAGUUUCUGUGAAGGAAAUAUCAAAUGAACAUAAACUUUAUUAUAGAUAAUGCAUUAGUGUGUAGGGUAUUAUUUUGAAACAAGUUGAAGUCUCUGUACAUAUUUGUAUUAAGGAACAAUGUUAUUGUUGUUGUAUUAAAGAACAUUUGGGGGAAAAAGUACAUAGAGUUUGUGACUAAAUCCACAGCCAAGGGUUGUCCUGCUAGCCCAUUUUUACAGAGAUGAGCUAUUUUUACUGGUAAUUUUAUAAGCAUUGAUAUUAAUAAUAUCCUUUUGAAAAUUACAAACUUCCAAAAUUACAAGCACUUCCACAAUGAUAGAUAGUAAGGAUUUUUGUUACUUUUGUAGAGGUGGUUGUUCUUUUGCUACCAUUUUGUAAAGCAGGACAAGGCCUUGGCUGUGUGUUCUCCGGGUCUCCUGUUUUCUUUUGGAAGUUAACUCUGUAGUUGGGCUGAAAUUGUGACUCUGUGUUUGUGUCCAUGUUCUUGUGUUCCUGUGUCAGUGUUAUAAACAAGAGAAGUGAUGUCAGUUAUUGUGGGGGUAUCAACCAUGUUAUCUAUGAAAAACAUUAAUAAAGAAUUAUAGACAAGU